AUGCCAGCCGCGUCCCGCUGAAUGGCGCCGCUCCGCCGCCGGCCGCUGCUGCGGGCGCUGCUGCUGCUGCUGCUGCUCCCGCUGCCAGGAGUGUGGUGCUUUAGUGAACUGUUUUUUGUGAAAGAGCCUCAGGACGUUACUGUGUCAAGGAAGGAUCCGGUGGUUUUAGACUGCCAAGCCCGUGGUGAAGCUCCUAUAACUAUUACAUGGCUGAAAAAUGGAGGCAAAGUGUCUGAAAAUGAACGGAUCUACACUUUAUCCAAUGGCUCGUUGUAUAUCAGUGAGGUAGAAGGAAAGAAGGGAGAAUUGUCUGAUGAAGGAUUUUACCAGUGCUUAGCUCUGAACAAACAUGGGGCCAUUCUCAGUCAAAAAAGUCAUCUCACACUAGCAACCAUUUCUGCAUUUGAAGUCCAGCCACUUUCAACUGAAGUCCAAGAAGGUGGAGUAGCUCGAUUUGCCUGUAAAAUAACAGCAAACCCUCCUGCCACUGUGACAUGGGAAGUGAAUAGAACAACUUUACCCUUAGUCAUGGACAGGAUAACUGCUCUGCCUACAGGAGUGCUUCAGAUCUAUGGUGUUGAGCAGAAGGAUGCUGGGAAUUACCGAUGCGUUGCUACAACUGCGGCCAAUAGACGUAAAAGCGCUGAGGCAGUGCUGAGUGUUAUUCCAGCCUCAGACUUGAAGCCUUUUCACAAGCCAUCUAUAAUAGCUGGUCCUCAAAACAUUACAGCAUCUCUUCAUCAAACUGUCAUACUGGAGUGUGUAGCCACAGGGAAUCCAAAGCCAAUCAUCUCAUGGAGCCGGUUAGACCACAAGUCCAUUGAUGUGUUCAACACGCGGGUCCUUGGGAACGGGAACCUGAUGAUCUCUGAUGUGAAGGUGCAGCACGCAGGAGUCUACGUCUGCCGGGCCACCAUUCCUGGCACUCGCAACUUCACAGUGGCAAUGGCAACUCUCACUGUGCUGGCUCCACCUUCCUUUGUGGAAUGGCCAGAAAGCUUAACAAGGCCUAGAGCUGGUACUGCUCGCUUUGCUUGCCAAGCAGAAGGAAAUCCUGCCCCCAAAAUUUCAUGGUUAAAAAAUGGAAGGAGAAUACACUCCAAUGGUAGAAUAAAAAUGUACAACAGUAAAUUGGUGAUUAACCAGAUCAUUCCUGAAGAUGAUGCCAUUUAUCAGUGCAUGGCUGAGAACAGCCAGGGCUCCAUUCUCUCCAGGGCCAGACUCACUGUGGUUAUGUCAGAGGACAGGCCCAGUGCACCUUACAACGUCCACGCUGAAACCAUGUCGAGCUCAGCAAUCCUGCUGGCCUGGGAGAGGCCACUGUACAAUUCAGACAAAGUGAUUGCAUACUCUGUGCAUUACAUGAAAGCAGAAGGUUUAAAUAAUGAAGAGUACCAAGUGGUCAUUGGAAAUGAUACAACCCAUUACAUCAUUGAUGACUUGGAGCCAGCCAGCAACUACACCUUCUAUAUCGUAGCUUACAUGCCUUUGGGGGCCAGUCAGAUGUCAGACCAUGUGACUCAGCACACCCUGGAAGAUGUUCCCUUGAGAGCUCCUGAAAUCAGUUUGACGAGCAGGAGUCCUACAGAUAUUCUCAUAUCUUGGCUGCCCAUCCCUGCAAAAUACCGGCGAGGCCAGGUGGUGCUGUACCGCCUGUCCUUCCGCCUCAGCACCGAGACCAAGAUCCAGGUGCUGGAGCUGCCGGGCACCGCUGCCGAGCAUCUGCUCGAGGGGCUGAGGCCCGACAGCGUCUACCUGGUUCGCAUCACGGCCGCCACCAGGGUGGGCUGGGGGGAGGCGUCCCUGUGGACCUCGCACCGAACUCCCAAAGCCACGAGUGUCAGAGCACCGAAGUCUCCCGAGCUGCGUUUGGAGCCCAUGAACUGCACAACCAUUGCAGUGCAGUGGCACCAGGACGCUGAGGACACUGCAGCUGUCCAGGGCUACAAACUGUACUACAAGGAAGAGGGGCAGCAGGAGAAUGGACCCAUUCUGCUGGAUGCCAGUGACCUGGAAUAUACUGUCAGUGGUUUGGAUCCUAGAAGAAAGUAUCACGUAAGGCUGCUGGCAUACAACAGUAUGGAAGAAGGUUAUCAGGCUGACCAAACAGUCAGCACUCCAGGAUGUGUCUCUGUCCGUGACCGCAUGGUGCCGCCCCCGCCGCCCCCUCACCACCUCUAUGCCAAAGCCAACACCUCCUCGUCCAUCUACCUGCACUGGGGCAAGCCUGCCUUCACCUCCGCCCAGCUCAUCAACUACACCGUGCGCUGCAACCCCGUGGGGCUGCAGAACGCCUCCCUGGUUCUCUACCUGCAAACGUCAGAGACUCACAUGUUAGUUCAAGGUCUUGAGCCAAAAACCAUGUAUGAAUUUGCAGUUCGACUGCAUGUGGACCAGCUCUCCAGUCCUUGGAGUCCUGUAGUCUACCACACUACACUCCCUGAAGCACCAUCUGGCCCUCCAGUAGGAGUGAAGGUGACUUUGAUAGAGGAUAAUACUGCUUUGGUUUCCUGGAAGCCACCUGAUGGUCCUGAAACAGUUGUCACACGGUACACUAUCCUCUAUGCAUCCAGGAAGGCUUGGAUUGCUGGGGAAUGGCAAGUGUUGCACAGAGAAGGAGCAAUGACCAUGGCUUUGCUGGAAAACCUUAUAGCAGGAAACAUCUACUUGGUUAAAAUAGCAGCCUCCAAUGAAGUGGGAGAAGGACCCUUCUCAAAUGCAGUGGAAUUUGCUGUCCUGACAAAGGAGACAUCAGAGUCUAACCAGAGACCUAAACGCUUGGAUUCUGGAGAUUCCACAGCUUAUUCUGACUAUUACCAUCUGGACCAGAAAUCAAUGACUGGCAUUGUUGUUGGGGUUUGCAUAGCCUUGACCUGCAUCCUUAUCUGCAUCUUGAUCUUAAUUUAUCGCAGUAAAGCCAGGAAAGCAUCUGCUCCUAAGCCUGUGCAGCAAAGCACUGACCAGCUGUCACACACCAGCAUCUCAUUAGCCAGCCCUAGUGAGGUGGAGAAGAAUAUUGAAGGAAUUGCAGAGAAUGAAGAAUCCUUAUUGCCAAUGAUAGUGGGAAACAGCUUCAUUGAUGCUAAGGGAGGAUCUGAUCUGAUUAUUAACAGCUAUGGGCCUGUCACAAAGACUAAUGGCAAGAAAAGGUGGCUGUUUUUCCAAGAUGCUAAGAAGGCGAAGACUGAGGAGCCCCAGAGGAGGUUCGUGUGCCUGUACCAGCCCGGCCCCGCCGCGCUGCUCCGCCAGGCCGGCUGCCCCGGCUGCCCGGCCUGCCCCGGCUGCCCCGGCCCGCGCUCCGACUUCCAGGCGCCCUUCGGGGCCGCGGCCGACACGGAGCACUCGGCCAACAGCGAGGGGAGCCACGAGACCGGCGACUCCGGGAGGUUUUCGCACGAGUCCAACGAUGAGCUUCACCUGUCGGCCGUGCCCGGCAGCGGCCCCGGGGGCGCGGGGAGCCCUGAGGCCGCGAGGCGCUGCCCGCCGCGGGGCCUGCCCGCCGUGCCCGACUGAGCCCGGCCUCCCCGCCCUGGCUGUUCGAAGGACAAUGAACAGGAGCCAAAGUUUCGCUGUGGAAAGCCUGGCUAACCUAACAGGCGAUCCACAGUUCUGUUGAAUGUUGGGGUUUUUUUGGUUUUUUUUCCUGUAUUUUGGGUUGUUUUUUUAAAGCUCACUCGUUUUGAAUGUUCGGUGGUCAAAAAAUGUGAAAGGAGUGAAGAUUUCUGACUAAGGUUAAAAAUAUGUCACUUGAGCAAAGGGAAGGCUGUUGGCCCUUUUGCUGACUAUCUACCUCAGUUUGCCGAAAGGUGAACUCUGAAUGACGACUGCUUUACCUCAUUUGUGUUCUAGUUGGUCUCAGCUAUGGAACUGAUACUUCCUAGUAGUGUUGUUUUAUUUUGGGGUUUUUUGUUUUCAUUUUCCCACCUCACCCCAAGUGGUGCGUAGAGAGCGUGUGUGUGUGUGCGUGCAUGUGUAUGACUCAGUGAUCAGGGAGUUGUAUAGGUUGGUGGACAAGAUUGUUUAGCUGAAGCUCUGUCUUUAAAAAGAAGGAAACCUCAGAGUAUAAAAUGUUAUGAUUUCAUGUGGUUGACACAGAGUAUGUUAAAAACUGGGAGAACUGAGACUUCCACAUAUACAGCCGCAUGAAAUCUUUUGUACCUCUUGAUUUCUUAGACCCUCAGUAAGCCUAGGACAGUGCCUUUCCUCAGAAACCUGUGCCAGCAUAUAUGCUGUAUCCCUGAGGCUCUGGGAUGUGCUGGAUUCCCCAGAGUGUGACAAAUAUUGCCCCUGUAUUCACAGUUAAGGCUAAAAAUAAUAGCAAAAUGAAGAAGUACUCAGCAUUUUCAAACAGCUUGGUUUCACCUGAGAGUUAUGGAAUAGAUGACAACACUGAGUAUUCCAGUAUCACAGUACUUCUUAGCAGUGGUGCCUUGCAUUAUAUAUUAUGAAAUUACUGAUUUGCCUUAUUCCUUUUUAGUAUUCAUAAAGUUCCUUUGGAGUACAGAAAGAUGCCUUAAAUGCUUCUUAGAUAUUUUAAAUAAACUGUAACGUGAGUUUAUAGCUCAUUUUUACCCAUCUUUGAGUGUUAGCAUUGUAGUAUGUCUCAGAACUAUUGUUAGGAUGCAAACCUGCUCCUUGCCUUCACCUAGUGUGCUAUUAGCCAGGAAUUUUAGCUCAGGGAGUGACUUUACCUAUAUGCCAAUCUAAAACUCUGAUUAGGCUACCAUGAGAAAUAAAAAAAGCCAGAGCUUUAGUUGAAGAGUCUGUUGAAAGAGGUGAGUACUGCUACUGCCUCGAACCCAUGCAAUUCCUGUUUUAUACUACCUCCUUUAAAAAUUAUUCUAGUGUUUUGAUUUUUUUGUUGUUGUUUUUUCCUGUACUCAGGGAACAGUUUGUUACUUUUAAGCUGCCUCACGGAAACGUGAAGCAAACUGACAGGGUAUCAUUUUGUGUUUUAAUAGGAGAGAGCGAGAGACAGGGAGGAGGCUGGAAUCAUCCAAUGUUAUAAACUUGCCUGUAUCUAUAUCCGGUCCUCUUCUCACUCCUCUUUCCCUGUUCUACAUUUUAAAAAAAGUAAGAAAAAAGAAAGAAAAAGAAAAAAAAAUUAGGCAUAUGUUUUUACUUUAAAAAGUUGUUUAAAAUAUAAUGCUGUGAGAAAUCAACCAUAGGAAAUCCUGGCUCUAUUUAAGUCUGUCAGAACUCCCACUGACAUUACUGGGGCUGAGAUGUCACUUCUAGGUGACACCUGGAGGUGUGCCAGGCUGACUCCUGAUGCUCCUCAGUACCUGUAGGUGGUCACAAGUUGUGGGUAAGCCCUACUCUCGUGGUUGGAUUGUGCUGAGGAAUCGGGCUCUGGUUCCUGGAGUUCUUUCCCCUGGAACUGUUGCCAGUCCUGAAGCACACAGCACACACUCACCUCUCCCUAACAGUGGCAAUUCCAAUGCUUGAAGAAUAAUCUUGUACCAAAGACUUUUCUGUGGAGGAGAAGGAGGCCACAUAUUAUCCAAAAGAAUUUGAACUAGUUGAAAAGCUAUAGGUUUGAAGAGCUGAAUACAUUUUAUUGUCUAAGUAGUUACUAACAGAAGCGAAUAGGACUUGAUUGUAGUAGCCAAUUGCAUAGGUGAGUUGUAUUCAAGAAUUUUAACUACCUUGUUGUUACAAGAGCCUUUAAAGAAAGUUAAAAUACCAGCAGAUAUCUCCAAAGAAUUCCAAGUGUAUUUUUUUUCUCCAGCUUGUAGUUGAUGAACAGUACAGUAUUAAGAAAAAUAUUUUUAAACAGUUUUUUUACUACUUGCUGAAGAAAAAGAGAACUUUUCACCAAAGAUUUAUUUUCAGUCUUGUCAGGCAGAACGUGUAGUGUACAGCUGUUUUUAGUUAGGUAGAGUGUGAAUUAAUCAAAACUAGAGUAAGAAUGUGUAACUGUAGCAUGAAGUUUCACACUUCAUCUUUCAGAGUAGCCUCUUGUGUUAGUUGCAUUCAGAAAGAGCUGAUAUGCAGAUGGUAACUGCUUCUCCAAAGACUUGUUUGCUGUAAGUACUGGCAAUGGGGUAUAAUUUAAUGAUCCUCGUUACAGAUAAAUACUGUAAAUCCUAAACUCUUCCUUCCAAAGACCCAUUCUGUAGUUUAACCUAUGGAUAAUCUGAGAGAAACGGACUUCAUAGAAAAUCUGCCAAUCUUGUAUAGAUGUUUGCAGUUAAAUAGCCAAAGAGUUGAAAAUACUCAGUGUAUUAGAGAGCAGCAGAACUGGAUUCAUCACUUAACAUUUUAUCAAGCUACUUCUUACCAGCAAAUAAAGAAAACCAAAGAUAUUUAAGGUUACCUCAGCAUAUAGGCAAGCUUAGUUAGACAUUAAUUAUUCUGUCUUUUUCUUUAUUUUUAUGUUAACCAAAUAUAAAACACUUCUCCAGAACCCAGUCUACAUUCAUAUGCUUCCCUUUGGCACAGUUAUGAUUUCUACAGAGCAAAAAUUCUCUCCUCAAAAUUCAUGGCCUAGUACUAAUAUAUCACAAGAUUUUGUGAGAGAAAAUUUGUCUUAUUAUUGAAAACACCAACAAGGUAAGCAAAGGAAUAUCCAGAAAUUGAUUAUGUCUCUAUUGAACUUAGUAGCAGAAUCAAUCCUUCAUAAUUGUAACAGUGCAAAAUUUAAAAGUUUAAAUGCUUUAUAGCCUUGAGGCCAACACAUGUGAUUAUAAAUAUGAUCUUACAAAUGAUAAUUUUUUUCAAAGUUUAUACCCAUGGGAAUGAGUUUUUCACUGAAUUUUUCAUUUCAUUUGCCUAGAAAGAGCUGGCAGAACACAGCAGGCAGACUGGUUUCAGGUCUUCCAGGUUUUUCUUCUAUGUUGUGUCUGUAGAAACUGGGUCCUGGAGAAAAAAUAUAAUUUCUUAAUUAUGAAUUUUGCUAAAUAUGUUCUGGAAGAUGAACAUAAAUGUGGAAUUUAGUGUUACACUAUGUGAAUUGAUUUUGUUUAAGUGUUGUAAGAACUAAGGGUCCAUGGCUGGUGUAAUGAGUGUAUGUGCAACCCUUGUGUUAUAAAAAAAAAAAAAAAGCAAAAAUGUUACCGUUGAUGUGACUUGAAAAGCAUCAAAACUUACAGAGGAAACCUCCAAACUGACUUCCAUGGUGAUAGUCUUUGUAAGAAAGGAUCUGCCCUUCAGUGCCACAGCAAGGCCUGGGGUCAAAACUAAAUACUCAAUCUGCCCACAGCUAUACUUGUAUGCUUUCUUCAUGUUUAACAAAUACAAAGCACUGCCAUCUUUCAGGAGUUAUCCAGGACUGGGAAUGUGUGUGCUGUGCAGGACAGGGCACAUCACUUGGUUACUUUUUAAUCGCUCUGUUAUUGUUAUGAGAAAUCUGAAAAAUCUACAUAUCACUUUCAGUAAUUUCCUAUAUUAGCUCUCCAUUUUUUGGAUAACUGAUACUAUUUUUAACAGGAAAGAGUAUCAAGAGAUUGCUUUGCCUGUUUUUCAUUAUUCCUAUAGUUCAUUCCUUCUCUGGGUUUAAUCCCAAGCUUUUGAUAUGAGCUUCAUCAUGUUUGUCUUAUUCAAAUCAGGGUCCUCAUCCUGUUUCUUUUUAAGUCUAUGGGAGAAUUAAUUUGUAUUUCAGUUUGCAUAGUCUGGACAAACAAAAUAAGCUUAUGUUUGUUUUUUAAAUUUUCACACUACUAUUAUUUUAAAAGGACAGAAGUCUUAGAAAUCUCCAUGAAUCCAGUAUUAGACUGUAGUAAACAUCAGUAUUUCAAGUCAGUUUACCUCUUUUUCAUUGCAAAUCAAGUCAACUUGAAUGACUUCUCAUUUGCUGCAGCCUGGGUGUACAUAAGCAUAGUUAUUGUUGGCUCUCAGUAAAAUGUAACUUUUGUUCAUUUUAUGAAUUUUUGCUCAUUUCAUUAAGUUCAUGCAGGGAAAAUUCCAUCUCCUAACAUGGGGAACAUUGGCAGGUUUUGGAGGGCACUCCAUGUUUAGCCCAAAAUCCCAUUCAUGGCAACCAGAGAGAGCUGCACAGGUGUAAUGCUGGUGGUAUUUCACAGAAAUCAAUUAACUGACAUUAUUCUCAUAAAAUUGAAAGCAGAAUUACACUUAGUAAUUGCUGAAGUGGUAGUUCUUAGCUUGAGCAAUUGUUACACGCUUGCAGUUGCUGCAGCUGCAGCUCUGCUAAUGGCAGGCAGCCUCUAAAGCAGAGGGAUUCCUCUCUCCUGGAAAUACUGAGCACCUUUCUACAAUAACACUAUAGCAGUUUGGAGCAUGUGUUUCAAAAACCACAGUUCUGCAAUACAAGUCCAAACCCAAAUCACUUUCUGUUAACAGAGAAAAGAACAUUGGCUCAAAUGUAAGUUUUAUUUUUUGAAGUUCCUCUAGAUUUAUGCUGAGCCCACUCCUGACUGACUCAAAAGGGAAAUAAAAUCAUGCUUAAGGCUUUGCUGUGUUGGGCCCUCUGGUUCCAUAGGGCUCCUUCAAAAACAGAAGUUUUCAGCUUUUCAUGGUUGCAUAUACUCACAUUGCAUCUGCCUGGUGUGUUUUCAGUGAAGACUAACUGUAUAUGAAAAACUGAUUUAUACAAAUGUUGCUUUUUGAUUGUUUGGGUUUUUUGUUUUUUUU